AUGCCUUCGGAAGAGGCCAAAAGUCUGACACGGAUACUAAACACUCUAGGCCUUUCGACGGCCCAAUUGGCUAUAGAACGCGACAAAACACCACCGAUUGGCCCAGCUUUGUCCCUAGAGCCGCAAACAUCAGCAGUCUGCGUCCCAUCUAACAAUAUCAUACUACCUCCAGAUCAACUUCCCCUAGGCUUUUCACUACCUUUCGACCCGUCUUCCUUCAACUUAGGCAAUGACGCGACAGUCGGGCUCGCACCACCGGUCCAAGACGGUUUGUUGAACUUAACAACGAGAGCGAUUGCCGACUGGGAAUGGAGCCCUUCUGAAAAUGCCGAUAACAUCAUCACAAAUGGUGGUGGCAUCGCCAGCGUCCAGACCCCCAGCGAUCCUCUGUUGAGCACGUACUCCGGAGAGGCUGCUUUGAGCGACACUGAAGAGGACGAUGCCGGCUCAGGCACAACGGAAGAGGACCUAGUCAACCAGUUAUCUGAUAGACUAGGGUCUCUCCAAAUUGGUCCCAAUGGAAAAAUCUCCUAUUUCGGACCAACAUCUAACUUCAGCUUGAUGGAACUACCUGUGGGAGCCGAUACUUUGGCUGUGGAUCGAACCGUGCGCAACGAUGGCCAAGAACACCUCGACAACAUGGGCUACGGCAAACAGGUACCGCAAGAUCUCGAAGAUCAUCUGAUCAACCUUUACUUCACAUGGCAGGACCCCUUUCAGCAUGUAGUCGACAGGACUCUCUACGACGAAGCGAAGCAUAGUUGGCACGAGCGAGAGGAAGACACACCAUAUUAUUCCGAGGCACUUAGAAAUGCAAUGUGUUCGUUAGGGGCUACCUUCGAAACACGAUAUCACCCGAGCUUUAUAACCUUCCCAAAGUCUCUUCCGGAUUUCUUCGCCGCAAGAGCCAAGACUCUUUUAGAGAUCGAACUAGACUCGCCUUCCGUCUCUACGGUACAAGCAAUGAUUGUUCUUAGUAGCCAUGAGAUAGGCGCGAAUAGGGACUCUCGCGCAAUGGCAAUUCGGCUCGCGUUUGAUUUGGCAUUACACAAGGAUAUGACACCGUACGUAAACAAGGGUGUUCUUAAACCCGCUGAAGCAGAGCUUCGUCGCGCUGUAUUCUGGAGCGCAUACACAAUGGAUCAGACGCUCGGAUUUUACAGAGGUCGGCCUUUUCGUAUCAGCAUGGAUGAUAUCACAGUUGGGAAACCAACAGAAGACUCAUCAGAUGGGCGGAUCGAGCAAUGGCUUCCUUACGUUUCGCGCCUUAGCAACGGCAACGCCCCAGUACCCAUCCAGGAUUACACUGAGGUCAUCAGUCUAUACCGCAUAGAGUUGUGCGAAAUCAUGGCGCCUCUUGGUCACACACUAUACGGCAACUCUCGGAUUCCGCGGGAUAUAUUGCAGGCCAACAACGAGAAGAUUGUUUCGAUAUUAUUUGCUUGGAAGCAGAACCUGCCACGUACGAUACAAGUCGAUCUAGAAGACUCAGAGGGAACAUUCCUUCCUCAUGUUCUUCUGUUACAGCCGUGGAUGUCGUCGAGCUACAUUCAACCACAACCACCUCAAGGUCCCGGCUACAUGCACGCGCAACAAAUGUGCAUCGAGUCAGCAGCCUCAGUGGCAAAGCUGAUCCUGAUUUACGAACGCCAAUACUCCCUCAAGCGAGUUCAUAUCCAAGGCGUGGCCAUCAUCUUCUCUGCAGCCAUCAUACUCAUCUUCGCAUCUAUAUCCCGCCGCAGACGGAAGAGGACCACAGAGACGGCGACACACUUGAGCGUAUGCUUCCGGGCUUUGGAGGAGCUUUCAGGCACUUGGGAGUGCGCCAAGCGGUCUCGGGAUUUUCUUCUCAUGCUGCAACGUAAGUGGGAGUUGCGCUCUCGCCGGCUGAGUCAAUGUCCGUCACGUAACGCCAUGCUACCGUCCGGCCUCGGCACCCUACGGCAGAGCGAGCAGGCGUCUCGGAAACGAGCGCGUACCGACAGUCCGGCCGGGUCGAAGAGCAUAGGCAGUUUUCAGAGCAUAUCUCCUGUUCAUCAAGGGGAGCAGCGAGAAUACCACGAGGGCAUUGAUAUGGACAUGAGAUUGGAUCUUGACUGGGUGUUUGCCGCGGGAACACAGCCCAUGCCAGGCAAUUGGGACCAAUUGCUGAAUACGGAUACGCUCUAUUUCAAUCCAAACAGAACAGGUCACUCAUGCAAGAUCACAAUGUCGUUUUCAGAUGAUCGGCUCUGUCGCAACUGCACCAAGCUAAAUCUUCAGGCAGUCUUCGACCCGGCUCGUUUCGACGGUCUUCCGGCCGUUGGCUCGGCUCAGAGUUACAAGACCAGCUGGACCAAAUACAUCCAGCAUGUUGGAGACUGGAGACCACUCACCCGAGAGGAUAGGAUCAGUCAAUACCCCCCAGGCAUAAUCCCAAGUUGCCCGUUCUGUGAUUUGGUCUUCUCCAUCGGCUUCAACCUGAACCGCUAUCCGAUGGCCGAGAAGGAGAAGAUCAUGUUAGCGAUCCCCGCCAAUCUGCUCUACAAUUUUGCUGAGAAGGCGAAGCUUGGAGAUGGCGGGGAACGUCCAGACUUCAACUCCGUACUCCUUCUCGUCAUGAAUCCCUCACACUACAAGACAGCAUCCGCUCAGUACUUUGGCAAUACCAGUGCUGGUGGCGGCUUGACAGCGUGGAUCCGUUUCGCCCAUCGAGAGGCGCCAGGAAGUCUGGUCUCUCUUGCAUCCACUGCUAUCUUGGAGCCCACUCGACCUCUUCUGGACCUUCCGAUGCAAGCUAGAGUCUUGCGCGAGGAGAGAAUCGACUACGGCCUCGUUCGAUCGUGGAUACACUUAUGCGAGAAUCAUCACGAUGCAUGUCGUACCAGCCCAGACUGGCAAACUCUCCCUCAUUUCAAGCUCAUAGACUGCGAGACCCGUCAAAUCAUCAACACAAACCCAGCCACUAGGUAUCGCUACGUAGCGUUGAGCUACGUUUGGGGAGUCGCGCCUCCAGCCAAGUACACAUACCCGUGUCUGCCGGACGACCUUCCGCCAGUCAUUCAAGACGCCAUGAGGGCCACCAUCAAGCUCGGCUUCCGCUACAUCUGGAUUGACAGAUACUGCAUCUGGCAAGACGACGCAACUCACAAGAUGAGUCAGGUGGAGAGGAUGGACCAGAUCUACGGCGACGCAGAACUCAGCAUCAUCGCCAUCGGCGCCAAAGACCCGAGCUACGGGCUGCCGGGCUUGUCUCUCGGCCGAACGCAACACGUUCCAAUCACCAAAACAAUCGGCGAGCAAGGAAUCGUGACAAAUUUCAGCCACCAGUGGCAACUAGACCAGAUCUCCCGAUCAAGGUGGUCCACGCGGGGGUGGACGUUCCAAGAGACGUGUCUGUCGAGGAGAAGACUCUACUUUUCCAACUAUGAGGUCUCGUUUGAGUGCCACGAUAUGAUGUGCUUUGAACACCUCACGCGUCCUCUUGCUUUGCAGGGGAAUCUGGAGCACCACGAGAGGCCCGAGUGGACUCUCCUCAACACCCCAGACGGUGUCUGGGCUAUACUACAAAAGUAUUGCGAUUGCCAGCUGACAUACUCAAGCGACAGACUCGCUGCUGUAUCUGGAGUGUUGAAGAAAUGGUCACGAGUCAAUCCAGGAUGCUUUUCGUACUGGGGCAUCCCGAUAGUCGCCUCCGGCUGGCUGGUAGUAGACGCCACUGCUUCGAGACGCGCCUUUCUCGCUGGACUCCAAUGGGAGAUUCGGCCUGAAGGAAAGAACUAUGCUAGGUUGGCAGGUUUUCCCAGCUGGUCGUGGGUAUCCCAGAAUGGGAAGACGUUGUUUGGUCACCACGGCUACUUCCAUCUGAGGCCUCCCAAGUUAGUGGAACUUACAGAAAACUUUGACUCAGAGGUUUGGGUGGAAACGCCUCAAGGAAACAUGGUUGAAUGGGCCGACUUCUUUGAGACUGGUGGUCUUGAUUCGUCAAUCAUGCAAUGUACCAGGUAUCUUCACAUCGAAUGCUGGUCAUUUCAGACCGGGCCCCUCUGCUAUCGGAAGAUCAAACGGCGUUCAGGCACCUCGCACGACGACAUGUUCUAUCUCCCAACAACACGCAAACCCUCUGAUGGAAAAGGAGAGUUUGUUAUCAAGUUCACCCCAGACUUCGGAUACGAAGAUACCUUCCUCGACCGAAAACUUACGGCAAUAUGCUUCUCGCCUCUGGAGCACGCAACGUGCGCUAUAGUUAUUGAGUCUGUCCCUGGCCUCACGGUGCGAACAGGGUUACUAGCAUUCAUGAGGAUCGAAGAUUUGGGUUCACACGAAUCGCAAAGUGCUGAGAAUCUGCCUUUUGCUGGGCUUCCAUUCGUUCAGCAGAGGCGUCGUUUCCGGUUGGGAUAA